GCUGAUGAUGUAAUCUAUUUUGACAUAAACAACAGCAAACAGACAAACUAUAAAAGACCAGCAAGACCCAAGACUCAAGACUAUCAUUCAUUAAUCACUUCAUUUACUUUUGUUUUACUUAUCAUCAUGACCAACAAAUCAACAUGGAAAGAUUACAUCCUAAAACCAAUUCACAAAUACAUUCAAACCCUUCAAAAAUCAAUCUUAGGAGCACAACUAAAGCUUUAUCAUAGUACCACAUCCAUCAAUUUAAAUCCAAAAACCAAUUCAACAUCAACUACAAACCAAACGAUCAAUUUCAAACAACUUCUUAAAACUCAUUGUCAUCAUCUUUUUGGUGAUCAAGCUUACUAUACUCCUCCCCUUGGAAUGUUAAGUGGUCAUGUUCAGACACUUUGUUGUGCGGCAACCAAUUCUUCAGUAACAGACAAAGUACACUACGAAAGAAAAAUCAUUCGAGUACCAGAUGGAGGACAAAUCGAAAUCGAUUUCUCACCACCCGGAGCCUUUGAUAAUCCAAAAGACCCAACUCCAGUUUUAGUUUUACUACACGGUUUAACAGGUGGUUCACAUGAAUCUUAUGUUCGUGCCAUGGUAUCUCCCAUCAUUCAAGACCUAGGAUGGAGAGUGAUGGUGACCAAUUUCCGAGGUUGUGCAGGAUCUAAAGUCACCAGUCCAAAACUAUACCAUGCUGGAGCAACAGACGAUCUAAGAUCUUCUUUAUUUUUCUUAUCACAUUUGAUCCCCGCUGAAACCCAUUUACACGGUAUCGGGUUCUCAUUAGGAGCCAAUAUCUUAGCCAAAUAUUUAGGAGAAGAAAAAGAAGCUAGUGUUUUAAGAACAGGUGUGGUCUUGGCUAAUCCUUGGGACCUUUAUAAUGGUAAUCUUUAUUUAGAGUCUAGUUUUAUUCAACGAAUUUAUUCUCGUGUACUUGCUUUUAGUCUAAGAUCAAUGUUUAAACGUCAUAAAGAAUUUUUCUUAACAGCCAACCAGACCCAAUCUAAUGACUCAUCAAUGAAAGUAGAUAUCGAUUUACUAUUCUCUGAUCCAUAUCAAACUCUCUACGAAUUCGAUACGAUUGUGACUCGAGUGUUAUGUGGAUUUCCAAGUACCGAACAUUAUUAUAAAACUCAAUCUUCAGCUAACGUAGUCAGUCACGUAAGAGUACCACUCUUAGGUCUUAAUGCUCUAGAUGAUGUGAUUGCCAGUUCUAAAGGAGUUCCGAUCCAUGCUACUGUGGAUAAUCCUUACUUGGUACUAGGUCUUACAAAGAAUGGUGGCCAUCUAGGAUGGUUCGAAGGUAUCUUAUUCGGUUCUAAACGAUUCAUAACUCGACCAGUAUUAGAAUGGUUCAAAACCCUAAACGAUCACACAGAUUGUUCAGCACCCAAAGAUUCCUUACCCCAAGAACUUUCAAAAGUGUCAAUUGGAGGACCAAUGAUUAAAUCGAUCACUCGACCCAACGAAAUUGGUUUUCAAUUGAUCGAUAUCAAGUCGGCAAAUGAAAUGGAAUGUCUUGGAGAAAGAGUGGCAAGGGAAACUUUGAAGGAUGCUCAGUCUUGGGAAUACUUGAAACUUGUUUUAUGGGAUGGUGGAAGAUCUUGGAGAGAAAGAAAAGUUAAGAAAGAUUAAACUUUGGGACGGAGGGGUGGUUUUCUCUUUGAGUUUUUCUUUUUUGGUGGGGGGUUUUGGAUUGGUGUCACUGUAAGGAAGAUUGAAGUAGGAAGGAAGGUUUUGUGUAGGGUUUUAUUUUAUAGAGUGAGGUUAUUUUUUUGUAGGAUCUUAUGAAUCGUAGUUUGGUGUAGGAUUUGAUAGAUGUGAUGUUUUUUGAUUUGUAUUUGAAUGCAUAUGUUUGUUCAUGGAAAUGAAAUCAAUAGAGAUUAUCCACG